CUGUUAUUGUUGCCGCGCUGAGCGCUACUGCAGCUCGCUCCCGGGUUGGCGGAGGCCGGGAGACUAGAAGAGCCGGUUCCCGGACACUGGUAAAGGCUGGGGCGGGAAGACCAGGGUCACCGGGGCGGAGAACCUAAGGAGACACUACCGGCUGGGGGAGGGAUUUCUCCAUCAACUUCCUGCCUUCCGAGGACUUGCUUUCCCGGAUCCUGGGCUGCUGCACGUCCUGACCCGAGGGGAAGGUGGAGGAGCCCGGACUGACCGCAGGACACAGCCUGACGGUAAAGAUUAAAGGACUGGAUUAGACUCUGGGAGGGAGUCUUUCUUCAGAAGCAGCUCCUUGCCAGCACAAGAGGAAGAAGAGAUGUGAGAAGCGAUUGGGAUAUGUAAUCUUGUGGUGGCAAUCUGUUAAGCAGCCUGUAUCGGAGUGCAGAGAAGCAAUGGGAAUUGGAGGCCAUGGUAACCUGACAUAAAUGGCAGGCUGGAGGCGAUCUCACCUCUUUGCAUCCUACUUUUACUGCCUUCUACUGUGCUGUUGCUGCUGCUCCCCUGAGGGACAUCGUGUUUUGCCAUUGUGUAGUCAUAGGCCAGUAAUCAAGCAGUUUAGGUGAAUACUGCAGGCAGGUGGGGUGUUGGCCUCACCAUGAUUCAUCUAUGGAAACUGGUUCGGCACAUGAGACAGCUGGAACUCCAUCGACUGAUCAUACUGUUGCUUGCCUUCAGCUUAGCUUCAAUGUGUUUCUUGGCUUACUAUGUGACCAAUAGCCCCAAAAUCAAGGAGCCGCCCCCUUUGCCCUUUGGUGACUGCAGCAGUCAGCAGAGGAAUGUGGUUCAACCCCAAGCUAGCUGGCGGAUAGCCAGAUCUGUGGAUACCUCCCGCACUGAGCUAGUGGUGCUUGUGUUUGUAGAGAGCUUAUACUCUCAACUCGGACAAGAGAUUGUGACUAUAUUAGAAUCUGGCAGAUUUAGUUACAGGACACAAAUAGCUCCCGGAAAGGGGGAUAUGCCAACUCUGACGGACAAAGACCGGGGUCGAUAUGCUCUGAUCAUUUAUGAAAAUAUCUUGAAAUAUGUUAAUCUAGAUGCCUGGAACAGGGAACUGCUGGACAAGUACUGCGUGGAAUACGGGGUGGGAAUCAUUGGUUUCUUUAAAGCCAAUGAAAACAGCUUGUUAAGUGCACAGCUGAAAGGAUUCCCGCUCUUCCUACAUUCCAAUCUGGGAUUGAGGGACUACCAUAUAAAUCCUAAUGCUCCACUUCUUUAUGUGACCCGAGCAAAUGAGGUGGAGCAGGGUCCUCUUCCAGGAGAUGACUGGACAGUAUUUCAGUCUAACCACAGCACCUAUGAACCCGUGCUUCUGGCUAGCACCAAGUCUGCCGAAUCAAUUCCCCAUCUUGCCACGCACAAAGCACUUCAUGCCACUGUGGUACAGGACCUGGGUCUUCAUGAUGGUAUCCAGAGGGUACUGUUUGGAAAUAAUCUAAACUUUUGGCUGCACAAACUUAUUUUUGUUGACGCUAUCGCUUACUUGACUGGCAAGCGGCUCUGCUUAACUCUAGACCGAUACAUCUUGGUUGAUAUUGAUGAUAUAUUUGUUGGCAAAGAAGGAACCCGAAUGAAAGUGUCAGAUGUUGAGGCUUUGCUGAACACUCAAAGCAAGCUAAGAACUCUAGUACCGAAUUUCACCUUCAAUUUGGGCUUCUCUGGGAAGUUCUACCACACAGGCACAGAUGAGGAAGACGAGGGGGAUGACAUGCUUCUCAAGCACAGGAAGGAAUUCUGGUGGUUCCCUCAUAUGUGGAGCCACAUGCAGCCUCACUUGUUCCAUAACGUCACUGUCCUCGCAGAGCAGAUGAAGCUCAACAAACAGUUUGCCCUGGAACAUGGUAUCCCCAUAGAUUUGGGAUAUGCAGUGGCACCCCAUCAUUCUGGCGUUUACCCCAUACAUAGUCAACUUUAUGAAGCUUGGAAAUCUGUAUGGAACAUCCAAGUCACCAGCACAGAAGAAUACCCUCACCUGAGACCUGCCCGCUACCGGAGAGGGUUUGUCCACAAUAACAUCAUGGUUUUACCGCGACAGACGUGUGGGCUUUUCACUCACACUAUAUUCUACAUUGAAUACCCUGGAGGGUCGAAAGAGCUUGACAAGUCCAUUCGUGGUGGUGAACUGUUCCUUACUGUCCUAUUGAACCCGAUCAGCAUCUUCAUGACACAUCUCUCCAACUAUGGCAACGACCGCCUUGGGCUUUACACAUUUGAAAGCCUAGUGAAGUUUGUGCAGUGCUGGACCAACCUCAGACUACAGACUCUACCACCUGUCCAACUUGCAAAGAAAUACUUUGAGAUCUACCCCCAAGAGAAGAACCCUCUGUGGCAGAACCCAUGUGAUGACAAGAGGCAUAAGGAUAUCUGGUCUAAGGAGAAAACAUGUGAUAGGUUGCCCAAGUUUCUUGUAGUUGGACCCCAAAAGACUGGUACAACAGCUCUGUACUCCUUCCUCAGCAUGCACCCAGCUGUCACCAGCAACUUCCAGAGCCCGGUCACCUUUGAAGAAAUCCAAUUUUUCAAUGGUGUAAACUACCACAAAGGCAUUGAUUGGUACAUGGAAUUUUUCCCUAUCCCAUCCAAUGCCAGCACAGACUUCAUGUUUGAGAAAAGUGCCAACUACUUUGACGCAGAAGUGGUACCAAAACGCACUGCCGCCCUCCUGUCCAGAGCGAAGAUUAUCGCCAUUUUGAUUAAUCCAGCCGAUCGAGCGUAUUCUUGGUACCAGCACCAGCGAGCGCACAAUGAUCCAGUGGCAAUGAAUUAUACCUUUAGUCAAGUAAUACUGGCUGGCAUACAUGCUCCACAAGAACUGAGAAACCUCCAGAGCCGCUGCCUGGUACCUGGAUGGUAUGCUACUCACCUGGAGAGAUGGCUGACCUACUACCCAACAAGCCAGCUUCAUAUAGUUGAUGGCCAAGAAUUGCGGAACAACCCAUCUGCAGCCAUGGAUGGUGUCCAGAAGUUCUUGGGAGUGACACCACAUUUCAAUUACACACAGGCCCUCAAGUAUGAUGAAGCAAAAGGAUUUUGGUGUCAGGUGGUAGAUAAUGGGAAAACGAAAUGCCUUGGAAAAAGCAAAGGUCGCAAAUACCCAGAAAUGGAGCCAUCGUCCCGGAGUUAUCUUGCUGACCUUUAUCGGGAAAAUAACAUUGAACUAUCAAAGUUGCUGAACAGAUUGGGGCAACCUCUGCCAACAUGGCUCCGAGAAGAACUUCAGAAUUCCAGUAGAAGCUGAGUUUGGUCUCCACUUGGGGCAGCAUUCAAUGUAAAACAAAUGCUAGAAGGCCGCUCUUGCCACGACAGUGACCAUUUCAUCUGUGUCUGUGAUCAUCAGCACUACAACUGUUCAUCGUUCCUUGUGGGAGCAAAGUUCUCAUUGCUGCGGAAUGUGGACCUCUUGUACUGCAAUGAUAGCAGCACCAACCUGACCACGACUAUGCCUCCUGGAACUGAACCCGCAUAGUAUGAAAGUGCUAACCAUUCAUAAGAGCUCGAGCCCCAAAAAGUGGAAUAACUCGGUGUCUAUACAGGCCACAGAGGGGCAUUAAUGGACCUAGUAAGGUUGUGGAUUAUGUGAUUUAACCUCACUUAUAGAUCCCCUUCCUAUGAUAAUCAUUCCUUGGAAGCAAGGAUAACUUGCACUUAUGGGCAGGUUCUCCUGGCUAAAAAAAAACCUUCAAGCUGUGGAAAGGAGCAUACAAGUCCAUUUUCUCCCAGUAUACAUGUGAACAAGCCUGAAAGCUCUGUCUUCUCUUCAUUAUCUCUAUAUAGGUCAUGAUGGUUUUCUACAGCUCGCUCUUCUAAGGGGAUGAUAUUACUCAUACUUACAGGAAGUCUUAUCUUGCUGCUCUUUGUAAAGGAAUAUGGUUUUCCUCCUUAUGGCUUACUGGCUGUGAACAUGGAUUUUGUUGGCAUGCAGUGUCACGACAAAAACAUGGGCUCAAACGGUCCCAUACAGGAAACUCAGGCAUUGACCCGGCCCUUUUGUCCUCUUUAGAGGAGGUUAGAGUGCAUAAACUAACUGAGUAGAGCAGAAUAGUAAUUUCCUGUACAUCGGAUUACUGUCAACUAGAUGUAUAGCAGAGUGUUUUAUUUUUCUCUAUAUAUUUUCACACUGGGCUGUGCAUUUAUGAGAACAGCUGAUCUGUAUUUGUCAGGUAAACGCUAUGGAUUUCAGUAUUAACGCCAUACAUUACGUGUACAUAGAUGCAUUAAGUACAUGACUUACAGUUAUGUUCUACAGAAACACUUAUUGGAAUAUGUUUUGAGGCAGUAAACUGAGCAGACUACAGCUCCCAUCAUGCCCUUUCAUUAAGUGGAGAAUCCUCAUUGGACUUUGUCUAGCUGCUAGAAAUGGACAAGUUAUCACCAUCACUGUAGCAGAUGAACACUGGAGGCAGUGUAAGUUUCUCUGACCUUUAUCUCGAUCAUUUUAAGUAACAUCAAAAAUUGACACAGCUUGUGGUUUUGCACAAUCACAUUCCAUAUAAUGUUAAAAAUUCCUUGGAUUGACUAUGAGUAAAAGGUAAUGCAAUCCGGUGCAGGCUGCACUCUGUUCACUUUUUACUGGAUACGGUGUGAACCUUCCCAAGUGGUUAAGCAAGAUAAUGUUCUUUUCACAUAAGAUUUGAAUUGUCUGUCAUUCCACAGCGAUACCCUGUGUUUUAAGGUUCAGCUCUACACAAACUUGUGUUGUCUUAACAGAAUGUGAGGGGAGGGAGAGCAGAUGGAUAAGGGGCAUUCCUACACAAGCUUCUUAAGUUAAUCUGUAGGUAUUGUGUAUUUUGUAAAAUGGUCCAUUUACUCUUGUAUGUUGAAAUGUAAAUAGUAUGCAAUAUAGUAUUUUAUGCCAUGUAACUUUUUUCAGCGGGUUAGGAAACUCUACAACCAAAUGCUUAAACACAAGGAAAAAAGGAUACAUGUGGUAUAUUGUCAACAAGCCCUCUGUCCCCCUACUGCACUGGACCCUCAUGUAUUGUGUCAUUCACAUUGAAUGAUGAUAAUGGAGAAAUUUUUGGCUCUCGUAGCUGAACACAUCGAAAUAAAAGCUAGAAGUAGCAUUCGUGGAUUCACUAAA